AUGACAACGUUUGGACACGAACCAUACGGGGAUUGUAUGUGUUUUAAUAAAAAAUCAGUGUCACAAUUAUUAGAAAAAGAAUUAAAGAUUGUAGAUACAACAAUAUGUAAAUCAAUUACAACUGAUUCUGUUACACAGUUACGAAUAAAAAAUAAGAAAAGAGAAGCUGUGGCAUGUUUACUUAAGAAUAUUGAGACAAAUCCUGAUGAUGCAUGGGCAUGGUCUCAACUUGGUACGAUUUUUGAAGACAAAGGAGAAAGCAGUAAAGCCACUACUGCCUUGAAACAAGCUGCUAGAAUAAAUGGCAAACUGUCGUCCCAUGUCACCACGUGGCACUAUAUUGGUCCAUUUGUUGUUGGUAAACCUGAGAUAGACGGUGAUCCUUUGGAAUUCUAUGGCGGCAUCUACAAUGCAUCUAAAUAUAGAUAUGAUAAAAAAGUUAAAUAUUAUUCAGAACUUGUACCAGGUGCAGAAAUCCAGUGGAAAAAAGUACUGCAAAAAAGUGCGACAGACAAUGUGCAGAUCAAUCCUCAGAUUAACUGGAAUGAUCUUGUCUCAGGAUUGGGGUCUAUGGCAAUCACCGAAUGGCAAGGGUGGGCUGUUGGUGAAUUUGCUGUCAACCAUAACAAUGAGGAUGUUCUCAUUCAGUGCCUAGGUGUUGCUGUUAUGUAUGUAGAUGGAAUAUAUGUGACAGGUGAUGUCUAUAGACGCAAUCAAUAUUGGUUUGCUGUAUCUUUGUCACAUGGAAUUCAUACACUGUAUGUGAAUUUGAGAACCAAGGGAACACAGGUCUUCCAGUGUAAUAUAAAACUAGCUGGAAGUGAUGUGUUACAGGUACAUGAACCUCUCAUGAAACCUGAUCUUAUAGAUGGUCAUUUGUUUGGUCAUGUGAUUCCUAUACCUGUUACAAAUCGCUAUAGUGAUAAAUGGAUGAAGAAUAUCAAGGUUGCCAUGGUAGCCCAAGAUUCAGGAUCCCCAGUGGAAAUUAAACAAAUUGAUAAAAACAGACAGUUUGGUAUUGCACCUGGUCAGACUGUUGCCAUAGUGAUAGAAAUACUUCACAAAGAUGAAUUGACCAUAAUGCCUUGUACAGAAAUAAGGUUUACUUUAAAGCUAAGUACCACUGAUGGCCACUCUCAGCGAAUGCCGGUAUCAUUAAGAUGUAGGAACUAUGGACAGUCAUUUAUAUAUACAUUUAUUGAUCAUGAUGGGUCUGUACAGCAGGCAUCAGCAAUACCACCUUUAGAUGACUGUCCAAAUAACAUUUGUCCUCAAGGUCAUCAUAGUUUCGCUUUGUUUCCUCCGGAAGGUGUUCAAGUUCAAAAUCAAGCAGACAGCUAUAAGCGAAUGGAAAAUGGUGACUGGAUAUUUGGUUUUGAGACUGCUUGGGUGCUGGCAGCCACAAGGCAUGGAGCUCAUAACUGGGAAGGACCUGGAGCACUAACAUCCAUCACUGCCCUGGACACUCUGGAAAAGAUAACCUUCUCAGCAUCCUGGUUGAAGACCAAAGCAAGUGCAAGUCAUGUGAUCUUUGCAGGUCAUUCUAUGGGAGGUCAUGGAGCAUGGCAUUUAGCAACCCACUUUCCUGACAGAGCACUAGCUGUGAUGUCAUUGGCUGGAUGGAUCAAGAAAGAGGAAUACAGUGACAGUAAUGAAUUUUUCAGACAUGACACAAGUACCAGUCACACAGAUCCUGCAGUCAAAGCUAUCAUGGAGGCUUGCAUAGUUGAAAACAAUGCUGAUAUACAUGUAUCCAAUAUACAGCAUCUUGAUGUGUUUACAAGAAUUGGUGCAAACGACAGGACAGUUCAUCCAUAUUUUGUAAGAAGAAUGUAUCGUCUACUGAAAGAACAGAAAGCAAGUGUAACUUAUGACGAAUUAGCAGGCAAAGAGCACUGGUGGUGGGAUACAUGGGAAACAAACGAUGGAGGUGCUGUCAAUGAUAAGUCAUUGAGGGAUUUUAUUGUGAAGCACACAUCAAAUCUUCUCAUCAAGUCUCCUGGAAUGACUAAUGAACAGUGUGAUGAUGAAGGAUGUGAUGAUGUUGCCAUGGGAACUAGAUAUACCGCAGCGGGUAAGAAGAAAGGGACAUACACUUUAACAGUUGUAAACCCAGCAUUCAUGGAAGGACUUCAUGGAAUCCAAGUAAUACAACAAAUAGUGCCAUUUAGAAUCAGUAAGAUUAAGAUUGAGUUCACAGAAGACGUCAACUCUCUGACUACCACCAAUGUACAGAGGAUAGCAUUAUAUGAACCCCAGAUUUCAGCUGUCGGUUGGAACACCACUCCACUCAGGAUUGAUAACACUGAUUUCUCAAUGAAUGACAUGAUAACAGCGAUGAAAGAGAAAUCACAUUUUUGCCAGAAUCAAGGUACAAAGAGUUCAUCAGAAUUCACGUCAACCCUUCAACAGUUGUCUGUGUACAUAGCAAAUCUCUUCUUCUUGACCUCUGACACGAUAGCACCAGUGAUAAAGGACGUUGACCUUACAGAUGAAGUAGCUCAUCAACAUAAUUUGAUAGUUCUUGGAGGACCAAAUGAAAAUAGCUGGACAUCCAAAAUAAUUCGGGAUGCAGAAGCAUCAUCAUUAGUAAAUGAAGAUAAAAGUAUAACCCUCGGUGAAUGUCAAUUCACAGACCCCAAGACUGGCGUUCUGUUCUUGGCGCCUCACAGAGGAACUGGCUUAGCACUAAUACUUGCAGGUAACUCCCUAGAAGGUAUCAAAGAUAUUGUGAAACUAGCAUCUCCCACAAUACCACCAAUGACACGAUCACCUUUCUCCAAUAUGGUACCAGAUUUUGUUAUAACUGGACCAGAGUUCAAAGCCAAGGGACCAGGUGGCUACUUGUGUGCUGGUUUCUGGGGAAAUAAAUGGGAGUUCAAGAGAGAGUUGUCAUCAUGUACCUGUUGA